UUUGGAUGUCUGGACAAUCUAUUACUCACUGCAAUGGCUUAUGACCGGCUUGUGGCCAUCUGUGACCCCUUGCACUACACAGUCAUCAUGAACCCCCGCCUCUGUGGUUUGGUAGUUUUAGUAUCUUUUUUCAUAGGCCUUUUGGAGUCUCAGCUGCACGUUUCAAUGGUGUCACAACUUACUUUCUGCACAGAUGUGGAAGUCCCUAGUUUCUUCUGCGACCCUUCUCAACUCUUUAACCUUGCGUGUUCUGACACCUCCACUAAUGCCAUACUAAUAUAUUGCAUUGGUGCUGUCUUUGGUGGUGUUCCAGGCUUGGUGAUCCUUUUCUCUUACACUCGAAUUAUUUCCUCCAUUCUGAAAGUCUCAUUUUCAAGUGGGAAAUAUAAAGCCUUUUCCACCUGUGGCUCUCACCUGUCAGUUGUUUGUUUAUUUUAUGGAACAGGCCUCGGAGUGUACUUCAGUUCAGCUGUCUCAUCCUCCGCAAGAAAAGGUGCUGUGGCCUCAGUGAUGUACACUGUGGUCACCCCCAUGCUGAACCCCUUCAUUUACAGCCUGAGGAACAGGGACAUCAAGAGAGCCCUGCAGAAGCUCUUCAGCAGAAUAUUCUGA